CUCUGUGGCACGCCCUCAUUUGCCACUUCUUCACUGCCCAGCCAAAUGCGAUUGCUGUCCCACCUCUACAAAUGCAUAGGCGAGGAGUACUUUUUGCGACUUGUCUACUAUCUGGGCAUUGGCAAUCAGGUUAUCCUCCAUCCCUUGGAAAAACCCAAAGUCGCCUCUUUCACUGCUGCCGCUCUUGCUCGUCUCUUACCUCGGGGAUGCGUCAGACUUGUGAGCGAGUAGUAUUUAUUAUUUCUGUUCGUAGGUACCUAUUUAGGCAGUGGACGGAUACCUUCAGUUUUCUGACCGAUGAUUUUGAGUCACCUUUUUCAUAUCCUCAGGUGCUCCUUCUUACCAUUUGUUCAAUCGAGUAUUUUAAAUCGCUACUUGCAUGUGAUAUUCACCUCAAAUUUUUUUUGUACUCUAUUUCUGCACGAAAAAUGUCAUUCAUUUCCACUAUUGAUUUGCGGUUGCGAUUUUUCAGUACUGCAUCGUCUGAUUGUGCGGACCUCAUUCUAUCACCCAAACCACCCCUCUCCUGA